UCGUGGUUAGUUCCCGCACAUCAGUAUUCCGCCAAGUUCAAUAGUGACAAAAAGGUCGUGAGAGAAUGACACUCGCUUAGUUAAUUCAAUUAAUUGGAAACAAAGAAGAAUCUUUGUUUCAAUUUGUCAAUAGUGGAUCUGAUCCACAUUCCAUAAGCUAUCUUCACUGUCUCUUCACUUACUUCUUUCUUUGUCUUCGUUUCCUUGUCCCUAAGUUAAAACCAGCGCGCAUAACUUUCCGGCUACAUGGCCGGGGUUUUGAACCCGAUGGCUCGUUUCCCGGCGAGUUUUCCUCGCCGUAUAAUCGAGCCAGCAUUUUGCGGCCAAUCUGAGCUCUCUUUCUAUUCUUCUGGUAAGGUUCUACAGAAGAUCAACCAGUUACCUUUGGUGGAGUCAUUGAGCUUAAGCAAAAGACGGAGGAAACUUGUUUUGAAAUCAUCAGCGGUUGCAGAGGAGAGGAAAAUGGCAGAUAAUAGGAUGCUGGUAUUUGUUCCACCUCAUCCAUUAAUCAAGCACUGGGUUUCAAUUCUAAGAAAUGAGCAAACUCCUUGUGCAAUUUUCAGGAGUGCAAUGGCAGAACUUGGGAGACUACUUAUAUAUGAGGCUUCAAGGGAUUGGUUGCCUAUUGUUAGUGGAGAAAUUCAAUCACCAAUGGGUAUUGCAUCUGUUGAAUUUAUUGAUCCAAGGGAGCCUGUGAUAGUAGUUCCAAUUUUGAGGGCUGGUCUUGUUCUAGUAGAGCAUGCAUCAUCUGUAUUGCCCGCAACAAAAACUCAUCAUGUUGGGCUGUACAGAGAUGAGGAGACCCUGCAGCCAAUAAUCUACUUGAACAAGCUGCCUGACAAGGUUCCUGAGGGAUCUCGUGUUCUUGUUGCUGACCCAAUGCUUGCAACAGGUGGGACCAUUGUGAAGACAAUUGACUUGUUAACAGAGCGUGGUGUUGACCACAAGCUAAUAAGAGUGGUUUCAGCUGUAGCAGCCCCUCCUGCUCUCCAGAAGCUAAGUGAGACGUUUCCUGGGCUCCAUGUGUACACAGGAACAAUUGAUCCCACCAUAAAUGAGCAAGGGUUCAUAGUUCCUGGGCUUGGAGAUGCAGGAGACCGCAGUUUUGGUACUUGAUCCAUGUGAUGUGAAUUUUGAAGUUGGUUGUGUGAAUCUAACAGGUACAAAUGGGGAUUGAGGAAUAGAG